AUGAAUAAUGCAUAUUAUGUACCUUCAUAUCAAACUAGUUACCAUAUUUAAUAAUAAGCAUGUUUAAACAGAAAUCCUGAGAAUAUUGCUGAUUAGUAUAAAUUAAUAUGAUUAUCAGAUUGAAAUUACUUAAAUCCAAAAAACAUGUCAAUCAAUCACUUCAUAACAAUAAAGACUACCUAAUUAAGUAACACUAAUUCAAAAGUUAGAAAAACAUUUCAUCAACCAAAUUGCAUUCUUCUCGAAGACAAAAAUCUUAAGAUGAUGAAUAAACCUCAUAAACAAUAAAUCCAACUAUCAGAUAACUAUCUAAACAAUCAAAACGUAUGAAUGGUUAUUUGAUAAAGUAAUAACUAAAUUCUAAUUCAUAUCAAUCACACAAAUAAUAAUAAAUUACUGACUACCACACCGUUAAUAAAGAUAAAACUAUUAUUAAGACUGAACCUGAUACUUAACUUUGUAGUGAUAGAAUCAUAUGUUAUAAAACUCCUAUAAUAAUUUCAAAAUAAAUUCAAUCUAAAGAAUAGAUAAAAUCUAUUUGCAACUAAAUCUAUCCAUAAAAUAAACCAGUUGAUGAAAUCACGAAUCUCAAAUUAGAUAUUGGAAAUGAAAAUCAAAGAAAGAAUCCCAAACUCAAAACAGAUGUUUAAGAAAAAAUACUUGAUUUGCUUAUGCUCUCUACAAGAGAACUUAAAAUUAAACUAUCAGAUAAAAGGACAAAAUAAACUUCAAUCCCCAAAACUACAAAAGCUGGAUUGCCAGUAGAUUUUUUUUAUUUUAAAAAAUGA